CAGUUCAUUCGGCCGGUCGAAAACGUGUCCGACCCCGUCACAGUGGAGUUUGAAGUCUCCAUAUCCCAGCUAGUCAAAGUGGACGAAGUGAACCAAAUUAUGGAGACCAACCUGUGGCUGAGACACAUCUGGAAUGACUACAAGCUCCGCUGGUUGCCUGUUGAAUAUGACGGCAUUGAAUCCAUUCGAGUCCCAUCCAACAAGAUUUGGAGACCUGAUAUCGUCCUUUACAACAAUGCUGUUGGCGACUUCCUGGUGGAGGACAAAACCAAGGCCCUGCUGAAGUACGACGGCACCAUCACGUGGGUGCCCCCGGCCAUCUUUAAGUCCUCCUGCCCCAUGGACAUCACCUACUUCCCCUUCGACUACCAGAACUGCUCCAUGAAGUUCGGCUCGUGGACCUACGACAAGGCCAAGAUCGACCUGGUGCUGAUCGGCUCCAAGGUCAACCUCAAGGACUUCUGGGAGAGCGGCGAGUGGGAGAUCAUCGACGCGCCGGGCUACAAGCACGACAUCAAGUACAACUGCUGCGAGGAGAUCUACCCCGACAUCACCUACUCCUUCUACAUCCGCCGCCUGCCGCUCUUCUACACCAUCAACCUGAUCAUCCCCUGCCUGCUCAUCUCCUUCCUCACCGUGCUGGUCUUCUACCUGCCCUCCGACUGCGGAGAGAAGGUGACCCUGUGCAUCUCGGUCCUCCUCUCUCUCACCGUGUUCCUGCUGGUCAUCACGGAGACCAUCCCCUCCACGUCGCUGGUCAUCCCGCUGAUCGGCGAGUACCUGCUCUUCACCAUGAUCUUCGUCACGCUCUCCAUCGUCAUCACCGUCUUCGUGCUCAACGUGCACUACCGCACGCCCACCACGCACACCAUGCCGGCGUGGGUGCGCAGCGUCUUCCUGUGCCAGCUGCCCCGCGUCCUGCUCAUGCGCCGCCCCAUCGACCAGCAGGAGCGCAAGGUGGCGCAGAAGGAGAGCCUGGAGGCGGAGAAAGGGGGGUCGGAGAAGGGGAGGAAGACGAAGAAGAGGAGCAGCGCAGGGUGCCAGGACGGGGGGAUGAACUGCGUGGAGGGCGGAGGGGUGGGGGUGGAGGGGGUGAAGGGGGGCGGGCGCCCGGCAGCGGGGGGCGAGGUGGAGGCGGCCAAGGUGGGCCGGGCCCUGACCGCGCCUCCGGCCGUCAACGCGGUGGUGGCCUUCUCGGUCGUCUCGCCGGAGAUCAAGCAGGCCAUCGAGAGCGUCAAGUACAUCGCCGAGAACAUGAGGAGCCGGAACAAGGCCAAAGAGGUGGAAGAUGACUGGAAAUAUGUUGCCAUGGUGAUUGACCGGAUCUUUCUCUGGGUAUUUGUGACAGUUUGCGUCCUGGGGACACUGGGGUUGUUCAAGCAACCUCUCAUUGGGUUCUGAAGCACAGUCCACUCCUUUCACGUCCUGCUCCAUCCCAGCAGCUACCCUCCUCCUACUCAACAGUGCCAAGUGUAUAGUCUUCAGAGCACUAAAGGAAACUAGGGA